UUCUGAAAAGAGAAGAGAGAAAAUUGUGGCAGAUAUCUGCAAAGGUUGGGGGCUGUUCAACAGACUGUUCACACGGUCCAAUCUUCAACACAAUCAGGAACAUAGCAAGACCAUAACUUAACAGGAAAAGACCAAGAGUGAUACCCCCAAAAAGUUCCCAUGCUGGAGAACCUAAAAACCGUUGUGGGACCAAGUUACUGGAUUAAACUGUUAAGUGGCUGCUGGGAAGAGAGAGAAGAGUAUCUCUUGAGUCUCUAGGACCAUACUGGAACAUCACUGGCCCAAGGAUGCUAAUGCUGUGGAUGGCCAUUCUGCUGGCUUUAAUCAGGAUGUGUGCAGCAGCAUCUCCUGGAGACCCAUGGGGCCAGUGUCCCACCACCAGACAGUGCAAGGCCAAGUUUGCAGACGGAUCAUGUAACAAGGAGUGCACAGAGCCUGAGUGUCUGAUGGAUGGCUUUGACUGUCUGAAGGACCAAGGCCAAUGCAAUCCAGGCCAUAUCCAGUAUUGUCGCGACCACUAUGCCAACCAACACUGUGAGCAGGGCUGUGACAGCGCCCCCUGUGGCUGGGACGGGAGUGAUUGCUUCAGACACCAGAGCCCUAAGUGGGCUAAAGGCACCCUUGUGCUCCACACACGGGUCCCGCUGCAACAUGGCACCUUCUCCAACAGCUCCCUUCUGUGGGCUCUCAGUAUUCUGCUCAAAACCUCCCUUAAACUGCGAGGUUCAAUGUCCCUUGACUCCAGCAAGGACCUCCUGAACUUUGACCCCCAGCAGCUUGCAGAACUGUUGGCACAACCCGCCUCAUAUGAUGCAAAUGGAUCUGUGUUAUUCCUCCAAGUGGACAACAGGCCGUGCUCCCGCCACGCUCCCUCUACCUGUUUCUUGCACGCCACAGAAGCAGCCAGUUUUCUGCGCGCUGUGAUGUCACUGAACCGUGCGUCCCUCCCCUUCCCCCCAGACCUCCAGGCCAUUGUAAGUGUGAGGGGGCUCCGAGAGGAAAUAGGAGGAAGGGAGGAGGACACGGUUGAACAGGAAACUGUAGAGGCUACACCCUCAUGGCUGUGGGCUGUGAUCGGUGUUGCAGUAGGUCUGACGUUGGCAUUGGCCUUGGCGGUUGUCUUGGUGACCAGAAAGGUAAGAAGGAGUCGAACAGAGAGGGAGGUGGGAGAGAGGGUGAGGCACAGAUCCACCGUCACCGACAACGGUGAGGGCGGGGCCAAAACUUGGGCACAGCACACACCCCAUCGCGAGCGAAGGGGCAGGGUGGGGAGGGAGAAAGACAGGAACGGGAUGAAGAAGAAGAAGAAAGCUAAGGAAGCAGAGAAGAAGAGAAGGAGGGAGCCGCUGGGGGAGGACGCCAUUCGAAUGCGACCACUCAAAAGGAACCUGGACAUUGGCAGUGACACUGACUUUACCCAGAGUUCCAUGGAGGACAUCAAUGCCAGAUGUUCCACACGCCAGGAGGAUCCUUCUAUCUGUGAUCACAGAAGCCCGGAGCAGAAACACUUCAGGGUCACUCCCAGCCACUCACAAAGCCCUAGGCCUAUACAACCUCCUCCAAGAGGAUGGGAGAGAAAUGCUGUCCCUCCACUUCUGAGUCCUCCCAAUCAGUCAGCUCCUGUCCAGUGGUGUGGUCCAGAUGGGUCGGUGGUCCUUAUCCGUGCAGUGCGGAGUGGUCUCGAUCGAGUGGUCCUUGAGCUGCUGCGAGCUGGGGUGCCGGUUAACAACACGGAUCAUACUGGGAGAUCAGCCCUCCACUGGGCAUGCUCAGUAAACCACCUCUCUCUAACAAGAACCCUCACUCGUUAUGGGGCAGCAGUGGACCUUCAAGACAACAAGGGGGAGACGCCUCUGUUUCUCGCCGCCCUUCACGGUUGCUACGAUACUGCCAGGUUUCUUCUCCUCAACGGGGCCAAUCAGGAAUUGCACGAUCGAAGAGGGCGUCGCCCACUGGAUGUUGCCCGAGAGGGAAUGCAUCACCAGGUUUUGGAGCUCCUCUUGGCUCACAGAGUUCAGAGAGGACCUAUUCCAAUUGAUCCAUCCAAUGAGAUGUUGUGGGAUGAGCGUGGCCUCAUGUAUUCCCCGUGGGCCACUUCCCAGGGCGUACCUGGGAGGAGUUCCUCCUUUUCCGGGGUCAUAGAACAACGAUAUAUGACUCCACCUCAACCAAGUAAUUGGUCUAUGGGCAGAGUACAGUGUCCCUCCCCCCAGAAUUGGCGGCCGCAGCUCAACCAAUCAGCAACUGCAUUGGUCACUCCAAGAAUCAUGGGUCGUCCACCUCGGCCAAUCAGCACCCUGCAGGAAGUGACCUCAGAAGCAGAGGACGAAGACAGAGAAAGACCACAGGAAGUUCCUAGAGCAGCCACCCCCCACUUUUUAUUACCCCAGCCUGCUCCUCGACAACGAUCAUUCUCCUGUACCCAGCAUGCAUUGCAGCGUCGCAUUAGUACCCACCAACCUGCACCACCCCUUAAUGUCGUCCACCUUGAGACAUCUAAUGAGCCCAUAGAGAGAGUGAUAGUGGUCGCUCCCACAGAUGCACCAACCCAAUCAGACCGCAGAUCAACAACUGAUAAUAGUGACAUCACGAGCAAGGCCGAGGCAGAGGCAGCAAGCUCCACAAAUGUAGAGCAGAGAAGCAAAAGUGAGAAACUAAAUAACAUGGCUGACUCUACACAAACAGCACUAUAAGCACUGCACUAAAGGCUUUCCCCCAAAUUCCCAUAGUGCACUCCUUUAUGCAAUAUGGGUGUUUACUUUACAUUCAGAGAUAACAUUAGGUGAAGGAUUCAUUUGUGUUUAUAUGCAGUUAUGUCUGAAAUUACAAACAACCAGCUGAUUUUUUUUUACUGAAAUAAUACCACUGUAUUGGGAGACAGAACUAAAGAUUGUGAAUACAGAUUCUUUAUUGUAAAGGAGGUAGAGAGAAUACAGGUGUUUCACUGUACAGAGAAAAGACUGCACUGUUUAUAUACUCAUUCAAAGAGUUCAAAUGGACAGCACAGACACAAGCGUGCCUCAUUCAUAAAAUACACACACAAGCCCAGUAGAAAAAAAAGAGUAACACACAAAUUCUUUGGAUUUUCUCUAUUGCCCUCUCAUUCUUGAUUUCAUCUCUGUUGUAUCAUAAAAAACACUACAUAUGUUUUAAAUGCUAAUAAAACAGCAAUAAUAAUAAUAAUAAUAAUAAUAAUAA